CCCCAUCAUCUUCACCUUCGACAGCAAGCCUUUGUACGAAGGAACGCUGGUCCUUGCUACCCUGGUGCAGAAGCCGGAGGUUGUGAAUCGGGCUGCCAACAGGUCGGGUCAGGAGCCACGAGUUUCCCCUCCCUCGAGAAAAGACUCCUCGGGCAUUGGCGAAACACCUCCUCGGAACAACACAUCAGGUGACGCUGGAGGUGAAAUGUCUAUAUAAAUUGCUUCAUAUUUUAAGCAUAGUUUUUUUUAUUUAUUUAUUUUUACGCCGAAGCCUAUUGCUCCGGUAGGCUUCUUCCCGGUGGAUCCCGAUGGUCGGUCUAAGGCUUCUUCCUGAUGGUCGGCCCAGCCCGUUCUGGCGCAGGCGAGUGUUUAUAGUGGCGCCAUCUUGCACUGGCUCAUGCUGCCCUCCCGGAGCUUAUCUUUAACCCUAGAAUCUAGAGUCCGGGUUGAUGGGUGGUCUUCCGGACAGCAUGUGGGUAGUUUUAAGCCACUCGGCGGUGACUGAAAAAUCCCAGCUUGGUGGGACCGGGCGGGGAUUGAACUUGUGUCCUCCUGAACGCGGGGCCAUCACCCUAUCCAUUCAGCCACCGCACUGAGUUUCGUAUCACACACAUUCUCGCUCCUUCGACGCAGGGAGUGUUGUAUGGGAGUGAAAGACUGGGUGAGAAAUACAUAUUUUUUAUUUUAUUAUUUUUUUUUACAGAUAAAAGACACUUCAAGGGCGUAUAGAAAAUAUCAAUACACAGUGCGGGUGUAUUCAUAACUGCAGAAGACAGUUCGUGGAAUCACCCAAUAAAUAUAUAUCGCCUAAAUCUGAAUGACGCAUAACAACAGUCUUGCAAGGAUAAGCACACGACAUGAGCUAAAUCAUUUCAAGGUUGUCUACAGCACUGCAGACAACACACAACAUUCGAAGUCGCAUUUUUUAAACAAGUGAAUGUAUAAUUGUAACUCCAGUAAUACUAUGUUAUUCAUAAAACUACCCCUGGAAAUGCCCACAGCUCCUGCGAAAGCCUUGUCAAAUGUGUGUUUCUUUAGGUUCAUGGUACAGAAGAAGGGUCAAACUACCACUAGGGUCAUAAAACUACCCCUGGAAAUGCCCACAGCUCCUGCGAAAGCCUUGUCAAAUAUGUGUUUCUUUAGGUUCAUGGUACAGAAGAAGGGUCAAACUACCACUAGGGUCAUAAAACUACCCCUGGAAAUGCCCACAGCUCCUGCGAAAGCCUUGUCAAAUGUGUGUUUCUUUAGGUUCAUGGUACAGAAGAAGGGUCAAACUACCACUAGGGUCAUAAAACUACCCCUGGAAAUGCCCACAACUCCUGCGAAAGCCUUGUCAAAUAUGUGUUUCUUUAGGUUCAUGGUACAGAAGAAGGGUCAAACUACCACUAGGGUCAUAAAACUACCCCUGGAAAUGCCCACAGCUCCUGCGAAAGCCUUGUCAAAUAUGUGUUUCUUUAGGUUCAUGGUACAGAAGAAGGGUCAAACUACCACUAGGGUCAUAAAACCACCCCUGGAAAUGCCCGUAACUCCUGCGAAAGCCUUGUCAAAUAUGUUUCUUUAGGUUCAUGGUACAGAAGAAGGGUCAAACUACCACUAGGGUCAUAAAACUACCCCUGGAAAUGCCCACAACUCCUGCGAAAGCCUUGUCAAAUAUGUGUUUCUUUAGGUUCAUGGUACAGAAGAAGGGUCAAACUACCACUAGGGUCAUAAAACCACCCCUGGAAAUGCCCACAACUCCUACGAAAGCCUUGUCAAAUAUGUGUUUCUUUAGGUUCAUGGUACAGAAGAAGGGUCAAACUACCACUAGGGUCAUAAAACUACCCCUGGAAAUGCCCACAACUCCUACGAAAGCCUUGUCAAAUAUGUGUUUCUUUAGGUUCAUGGUACAGAAGAAGGGUCAAACUACCACUAGGGUCAUAAAACCACCCCUGGAAAUGCCCACAACUCCUGCGAAAGCCUUGUCAAAUAUGUGUUUCUAGGCUCACAGUACAGAAGAAGGGUCAAACUACCACCAGGGUCAUAAAACUACCCCUGGAA